AUGCAGGUUGAGAAACUGGCCAAGCAUAUGGGCCUCAAAGCACCACCAGAAGAUAAAUGGCUCCGAUCGCCCAUAGGCGCUUUACAGGGUUGCACGCUUGAUCAGGUCCUGCAACUCCGUGAGACGUUGAAGCCGUACCGACACGUGGGUGUGCUGAGCUACAACCAGUUCGCUUUGCAGACACACAGGCUUGCUGGUACGCUGCUGCUGAAUUGCAGCUCGGAUCUAUGCUGCCAUUCGUAUCGGAACCAUAGCGUGCUGCUGAGGCAUUCAGCGCAGAGGCUGUACAACACAACCGCCGUCUUCAUUAUGACACACCCCACCAUCCGGCCUCGGGUGGCCAGGAUGCUGAAGGCCGGAGGAAUCAACGCCGCAUUCCUUGACUUGUCGGACCUCAUGUCUAUCAACAUGGAAGCCGCACGGCCACUGCGCAGCCCGAUGUCUUUUUCCCUGCUUGCGAUUGUGGAGGAGGCUGUGGCGGCGGAUGCGAGGGCGUUCCUGGGCACCGCGGAGAGCAGCAUGACCGGCAUGAUCGUGCAGCUGAGCGAACACCCUCUCUACUUCGUCCCCUCUGUGCCUUGCCUGGUGCAUGAUGACUCGUGCUGGGGCCAGGAACGCAUCGCCCGAGGACUCGACCCCAGCGACUGCUACUUUUUCUCAGACAGCUCCAUGAAUCCAAAUCGCGUUACCGACUUCUACGUCCGCUGGGAAGCGGAGGAACUACUGGCGCGGUCCAGGGGAGGUGCUUCCCCGUCCCCUCCCGUCGCUGCCGUGACCGGGGUAAACUUCAGGAUAUAA